CGCGCCGGGCCGGCCAUGGCGGCGGCGCCUGAGGGGGCCGUGGCGGCGGCGCUGAGCGCGGCGGGCGCGCUGCGCUUCGGGCGCUUCGUGCUGAAGAGCGGCCGCGCCUCCCCCGUGUACAUCGACCUGCGCGGCCUCGUGUCCCACCCGCGCCUCCUCCGACAGGUUGCAGGACUUCUUUUCCAAGCAGCCCAAGAUGCCGGUUUGGAGUACGACUGUGUGUGCGGCGUUCCCUACACGGCGCUGCCGCUGGCCACGAUCAUCUGCGCAGAAAAUCAGGUUCCAAUGCUUAUACGGAGGAAGGAAGGAAAAGACUACGGUACUAAGCGGAUGGUAGAAGGCACCAUUAAUCCAGGAGAGACAUGCCUGAUCAUUGAAGAUGUGGUAACAAGUGGAUCCAGUGUACUGGAAACUGCAGAAGUUCUUCAGAAAGAAGGAUUAAAAGUCACAGAUGCCAUAGUGCUGUUGGACAGGGAGCAGGGUGGGAAGGCCAGGCUAGAGGAACAUGGAAUUCGCCUGCACUCUGUGUGCACCUUGUCUGGGGUGCUGGAGAUUCUCCAGCAGCGAGGAGAAGUGGCUGCUGAGAUGGUUGAAAAGGUGAAGAAAUUCAUUCAGGGAAGUGUGUUUGAGACAGUGGCUCAGAAUGGUGUUGCUCCUGUGAAGAGAGUCUGCAAGGAGCUGAGCUUCAGCGCCCGUGCCCAGCUGCCAGGGGUGCAUCCCAUUGCAGCCAGGCUUCUCAUGCUCAUGGAAAAGAAGCAGACAAACUUGUGCCUUUCUGCUGAUGUCACCAGCCCCAAGGAGCUGCUGCAGCUAGCUGCCACCCUGGGCCCCAGCAUCUGUAUCCUGAAGACUCACAUAGACAUCUUGAAUGAUUUCACCCAGGAGGUAGUAAAGGAGUUGAGAAUGCUCGCAGAUCAACAUGAAUUCUUGAUUUUUGAAGACAGGAAAUUUGCAGAUAUUGGAAACACAGUGAAACAUCAGUAUGAAGGUGGUGUGUUCAGAAUCGCAUCCUGGGCGGACAUAGUCAAUGCCCACGUGGUUCCAGGCUCUGGAGUUGUGAAAGGUCUGAAGGAAGUAGGUCUUCCUCUGCAGCGUGGCUGUCUCCUCGUUGCUGAGAUGAGUUCCCAAGGGUCUCUUGCCACGGGUGAAUACACAAAAGCUGCAGUACAGAUGGCUGAAGACAACCCAGAUUUCGUUUUUGGAUUCAUAUGUGGAUCUAGAGUUAGUAAUAAACCAGAAUUUCUUCACUUAACCCCAGGAGUGCAGCUUCAAACUGGAGGUGAUAACCUUGGACAGAAGUACCUAAGCCCCAAGGAAGUCAUUGGUGAAAAAGGUUCAGAUAUCAUUAUUGUGGGACGUGGCAUCUUGGCAGUUUCAGACCGUCUCCAAGAAGCAGAGAAGUACAGGAAGGCAGCUUGGGAGAGCUACAUGAGCAGGCUUGGUAUUCCUGCAGAAGACUGAAAACCAGACACUGUCCUAGCCAGUAAGCAAAGCUGAUGGAGCUGCACCCCUCAUGAGAGUUCCAGUUAAAUACCUGCACACUUCAGCCCAUAGAAAACUGCCCUUUUGGAGAAAAAUCUCUUACAAAGUUGUUUUAAUCAUACAGAGAUCAAAUUGUACUUGCCGUUGUUGCUUUUGAUACUUGAAUGUAAGAACCCAGAACUUCAUGCCCAUGUUUUAGCCUUAGAAAGCUUUCUUGUUUGAAAAAUGUUGCACAAAACACUCCAAGGGUAUUUUGUUGGCUGUUGUUGCCUUUGUUUCUUUUCCCCAACCUCAAAUUUUUUUCUGGCUGUGGAAAUUGUAUUUUACUGUGUUCUUAAUAAACUUCACCUGCACACCUGAUGUGCUGCCCCACCUUCAUGGGUUUAUUCAGCUCUCCUGUUUCUAAGGGGGAGGUGCAGGUUUUAAUGCCACCCUGUGGAAUUGAAUUAUGUGGUGCUUAAUAAAUACGUUUUUGCUACCA